AUGGGCUUCGGCGGUGCAUGGAUCAUAGCACUGCCUGCAGUGCAUGGCCUAGGCCUCUUGCAAACUUGCUUGACAAUUGUGCGGAUCGCCGCCUACAAGCAGUGUUGCAAAGCCGUCAUGUUGGUUAGCACGGACUUCUGUGAGCUGCCUUCGGAAGUGGUUGACUACCUGGAGCCUUGGGACAAGGCAAUAGUGCAGGCUGCGCAGGACUUGAAACCGGGGCCAGAGCUCCUCGCCUGCCUGCGGGCAGUGCAGGAAGUCCUUCGAAGUACCUGCGUGGCCCUUCAGCACGAACUGGCAGUGCCGGAGCGCCCAUGGCAGGACUUAAGCACGGCAUGGGAUUCUUACCAGAAGAAGCUUCUUCAAGGUGCUUCUUCGGGCUGCAAGCUUCCCCGCAUGCUUACUGCUGCGCUGCUGCCGGGCCUGUCAGAGCAGUUUUCGAUGUUGGUUCGAGGAGCGAGUCCAUCGAGGCAAUGGCUCUAUUCGUUUCAGAGUACCUGGCGCAUGGCCCUGAAGCUGCUCGAGUUUUUGCAAGUCAUGUCGUUGGAUGGCUUUGACUGGAUGUCAGAUCUUGCAUACGAUUUGCAUCGGCGUGCUUUCCGAAAGGCGGGCCAGAGCGAAGCCGCGACUUGGGCCGCAGUGGCCAGGGCAGCUCCGGCUUUCAAGCUAGCAGGACACUUCGGGGCGUGGAGUGCAGAUGAGGCAGCUUCUCUUGGUGCGGCGCUGCGCCAUGAUUUGCCUGCCAAUCGAGUCGUGGAUGCGGCCGUACGAGGUCGCAAGGCCUCAAGGCGCUUUCGAAUGGUGGAAGUUGGCGUUUUCCAGGGCAACCUCACACAACACAUUUGGCAGCGAUCAGCGCGUCUUCCAGGUGCCUUUGAGCUUCAUCUGGUUGACCACUGGGGAGCUGCCGAUCAGCCAAUGGGUGCUGCAAGCCAGGCCGUCGGAACUGGUUCUGACAUGGCCGGCCAAAGCAACGAUACCAGCAUGCGCGCUGUGUGGCGACAUUUUGGCCGCCAUGGAGCUCGACGAGUGGAGGUGCCGCAUUGGCUUGGCCUUUCCAAGGCCUGCGCCACCCUGGCGGAUGCUCAGCGAUUUGAUGCUGAUGUGGCUUUCCACCGUAGCACCAGCGUUGGCCCGUCCAGGUGUUUUGAGGACGAUAGCUUAGACCUUGUCUACAUUGAUGCAGAUCACAAGUGGUGGAGCGUGUUGCAAGACUUGAGCGCCUGGUGGCCCAAAGUCCGGCCUGGUGGGCUCAUGAUGGGGCACGACUUCCAUUUCAAUACGUUGAUGGAGCGUGAAGAGCUGGAUGAAGGGAGCAUCAAUGACGUGCCCAUUGCAGUCGCUGCAUUUUUCCGGGCGCCUUCAGAAGUGCUCCUGCAUUCUGGCUUUGUAUGGUCUGUCCAAAAGUCGAAGAACGUCGGCAGCAACACCUCAGAGGUUUCCCUGCAGCGGCAAGAGCUCUGCGAGUUGCUGCGCAGGCGGCUGAAGCCCCACUUCAGAUUCGAGAUAUGCGACUUGAGACCAUGA